AUGAAGAACCUCGAUGUCGUCUGUUCCGAUACUUCCUCGGGAUGUUACUCGGAUAACACGGACUGUGGCUCCUGCACUGAAAGUAUGACUUUGACUUACCAUCCCUUUCCAUCCUCACUCAAUCCAACCCUGCAUAAAUUUUACAGGCUAAAAUUGCCUCUAAAAUGUAUGACGGACAUCUGUCCUGGAUGCAUAUCAAAGUCAGCGAACCGAAGAAUUAAGUUGAAAUACUAUGAGCCAAUAAGGUUGUGGAAGUGUCACAAGAACUGCACGGAACCUGGCAUCCAGCUAGUGGACCCUCGUGGACCCUGCUGCUCACGUGCCUGUCGAGGGAGAAUGAGCUCGUUCAGCUCUAGGAGCUGCCGACCACAUCCCCAAAUGUAUGGCAUUCAGCUAACCUCUCCGGAGCCCUUUAUGGUGGAGUAUCCACGCAAUUCACCAAUUCACGCGGUGAUGCCAAGGAGUGUGUCACCCAAAUCACCUGUCUACCGCCGAAGUCCACCUAUUAUUCGUCGCUCACCUUCACCGAGUUGUCGUCGAGGCAGUCCACGUUUCUUGCGUCGAUCGCCAUCGCUAAGGUGCCAAUCUCCGGCCUCUUUGCAUCGCUCCUUGUCGAUUGACAGGAGAUCACGGCCUCUGCACAUACGCCGCACGCCUUAUCGUUCGAGGUCGUACGCGGAUUACGCCUACGAGGAAGAAGAGGAGGAGUUAGUUGGACGUGGUGGUGGAAAGUACAUCUACGUGAACCCGGACUACAUAAGGCGCUAUCAUGGACGUCGUGGAGUGAAUGAGAGUUUUUCAUCAUCGGGAAGCAUUGACCAGCCGCGCUACCAUCGAGAUGAAAUACUCAGUAGCUGCGACUACUAA